GGGCGGGGCAGUGCGCAUGCGCGGUACCUCUUUGUGGCCCUUCUCUUCUUGGUGCUUGCCUGGUCUUCAGGGACCUCUUCUAGCAGUAAAUCCAAGGAUAGGACUGUUAGGCAAAGAUACAACCACUCAUUUACCAUCCUUUGUCAGGCUGCACUGAGCAAACCUCUCUUACUAUCUACAGAUAUUGUCAGAUAGGCGCAGAUCGCCCAGGGCGUCGACUGGCCAACAAGCAGAGCAUCCAUUCAUCCUUUCAUUGGCAGCUGAGGUGUUCAGACUAGCUAGCUAGCGUUAGCCAAGAGGCAGGGGACAGAGGGAUCUUUAAAAUGUCGGGUUACCAAGGAAAGAAGAACAUUCCACGAAUUACAAGUGACCGUCUCCUCAUCAAAGGAGCAAAGAUAGUGAACGAUGAUCAGUCAUUCUUGGCUGAUAUCUACAUGGAGGAUGGCGUCAUCAAGCAAAUAGGCGACAACCUUAUUGUUCCCGGGGGAGUUAAGAUCAUAGAGGCUCAUGGGAGAAUGGUGAUGCCUGGCGGUAUUGACGUGCACACCCGAUUCCAGAUGCCUGACCGAGGCAUGGUGGCAGCAGAUGACUUCUACCAGGGCACGAAGGCGGCUCUGGCUGGGGGGACGACUAUGAUCAUCGAUCACGUGGUGCCGGAGCCCGGCGCCAGCCUGACUGCAGCUUUCAAACAGUGGAGGGAGUGGGCUGAUAGCAAGUCCUGCUGCGACUACUCUCUGCACGUGGACAUCACCGAGUGGAACAAAAGCACUCAAGAAGAAAUGGAGACCCUGGUGAAGGAUCAUGGUGUCAACUCUUUCCUGGUCUAUCUGGCUUAUAAGGAUGUUUUCCAACUUUCUGACUCUGAGAUCUAUGAGGUGUUCAGUGUCAUCAGAGACCUCGGAGCAAUUGCACAGGUGCAUGCUGAGAAUGGAGACAUCAUUGCAGAGGAGCAGAAACGUAUUCUAGAGCUGGGGAUCUCUGGACCUGAAGGCCAUGUGCUGAGCCGCCCAGAGGAGGUGGAGGCCGAGGCAGUCAACCGCUCUGUCACCAUAGCCAAUCAGACCAACUGUCCCCUCUACAUCACCAAGGUGAUGAGCAAGAGUGCUGCUGAUGUCAUCGCCCUCGCUAGGAAAAAGGGUGCUGUGGUUUACGGAGAGCCCAUAUCUGCCAGUUUGGGCACUGAUGGUACCCAUUACUGGAGCAAGAACUGGGCCAAGGCAGCAGCCUAUGUCACUUCUCCACCGCUCAGUCCUGAUCCCACCACCCCCGACUACCUCAACUCUCUGUUGUCAUGUGGGGACUUGCAGGUGACUGGUAGUGCUCACUGCACUUUCCAGACUUCUCAGCGUGCGAUAGGCAAAGAUAAUUUCACCCUAAUCCCAGAGGGCACCAAUGGCACUGAGGAGAGGAUGUCCUUAAUCUGGGACAAAUGUGUGGUGACUGGCAAGAUGGAUGAGAACCAGUUUGUGGCGGUGACCAGCACAAAUGCAGCCAAGAUCUUCAACCUGUUCCCCCGCAAGGGCCGCAUCGCUGUGGGAUCUGAUGCUGACCUCGUGUUGUGGGACCCGGACGUUACUAAGAUCAUCUCAGCUAAGAACCACAACCUGGCUGUAGAGUAUAACAUCUUUGAGGGCACAGAAGUGCGUGGAGGCCCUGUGGUGGUGAUCAGCCAGGGCAAGAUUGUGUUGGAGGAGGGCAGCCUUCACCCCACGGAGGGCUGUGGGCGCUACAUCAGCCGUAAACCCUUCUCUGACCAUGUUUACAAGAGGAUAAAGGCCCGCAGCAGGCUCACAGAGUUGCGAGGAGUCCCCAGGGGCCAGUACGACGGGCCGGUGUGUGAGGUGACUGUGACUCCCAAGGUGAUCUCCACCGUCUCCUCAAUGAAGACUUCUCCUGCCAAGCAGCAGCAGCAGCAGCAGCAGCAGAUUACCCACCAGCCAGUGCGCAACCUUCACCAGUCUGGCUUCAGUCUGUCUGGUGCCCAAAUUGAUGACAACGUUCCUCGUCGCAACACUCAACGCAUCGUGGCUCCCCCUGGUGGAAAAGCCAACAUCACCAGCCUCGGCUAAGCCCUUUCUUUACCUGAGCCGGGGGAUGCAGGGCGACACGGGACCAGAGGCCACUCUUACCGUUGUCACAUCACAUCUGGUCACCUCUGACUCCCCCCUGCACCCACAAGCACUCCAUCCAUUCUUAUUCACACACCACCACUUGUUCACUUCAUGCAAAAAAAAAAAAGAGAAAGCACUGUUUCAUUUUGUUUCAUCUUUCCUGCCAUUUACCAUCGUUAAGGAAGGAUCAAGUGAAUUGAAGUCCAGAUAAACUAAGUUUGAUUAUUGAUUAAUUUAAUUUGUUUACAUUUUUGUAUCAUUUUUGCUGUACACAUUUGAGCCGUUUUGUUGCCCUCUUGAAAAUGAGUCCCUAGAAGUGAUCAGUUUCAUGAGCGGGCAUUUUAGAAACUGCAGCUGUUCACAGUUUUUCUUAAAGCGCUCUUCAUUUCUCAGAUAGAGGUCGGAAUUUGCUGUUAGUCAUGUUACUUCACUACCUUCAGGUGAAAGUAGAGCCUCCACUGUUCAUGUUGUAACACUGUUAGACUGUAAGAGUGACGUUUUAGUACAGAAAGGUUGCAUUGAUGCCACAAACACUCAUGAAAGAUUAGGCUGUAGAAUUCUUUCUGCAUCUCAUAACACCUAAUUUUCUCUUAUAAAAAAACGAUACUUGAUAGCUUUUUUGAUACCACGACAAAAAGAAAAAAAAGUUCUGGGCAAUAAGUACAGACUGAAUUGCAAUGUUUUAUUUGCAGUCACUUCCGGAUAGAAAACCCCUGCGUCACGUGUAUAAAAUGAAACGUCUCCAGGCAAAUUCUGUCUCAAAUGGUCAGUUUUUAGACACCUAAAAAAAUCAAUAUCAGUUGAAGUGAUUGCUAUAUUAAGAAUAUUUUCACCAUUUCACCUUGUCGUCAGACACCCCUGGAGCGGCUAAAAAUGACAACACAAACAAACAAGUCUGUGGAUUUCACAUACCUCAGCAAUUGAAUUUAAUUGCCAGUGUUCUACCUGGAAGUGAUCGUUGUUGUUCGCUCUAUAGGAUCGUUAUUUAUUAUGUUUUUUUAAUUACCCUGGACACAGUGCUGGUACAGAAAAAGCCACUGAAAAAUACCAACACAUUUAUAAUAAUGUUAAUACUAAUUACAGCUUGGGUUGAAAAUCUGAUUGUAGAUGUGAUGUUUUUUACUUUCGAUACAAUCGAAUGUCUAAUUAAAUGAGACUGUGUCAUUUUAAACACGUGGUGUCUAAAAAGUAUCUAAGUAUCAAUACUUUUGACAACCUUACUGUGUUCAGCAGAGCAAUUCACCUUGGUCUUCCUUUUGUGUUGUAGUUGCACUUCAUUUUUUUAAAACUGAAUGUUUUUUUUAUCGCGUUGAAGUCAUUUUUGGGAAGCGCUGUCUGCACUGAAAGGAAAAGAAAGGGUAUUUUAGCGUUAAACCACUCAUUCAACUCCGUCCUGAAUAUUGUGGUCGGAGAAAUGGCUGGCACAUCACAUUUUGUCUGAGAAACAUGAACUUUUCCCCUCAUUUCAUCAUUUUGUUUUUUCCUCAUGUUUGUUUAAAGGUUGUCAGGGCAACAAGCUUCCAAUAAUCAGACCGAUGUAAAUUGUAAAAGCUACAGGCAGACACUACAAAGAAGCUAAAAGGGAGGUUUGCUGACAACCUCUCUGCACCUGGUGCUAUACGACCAUUGCUGUAUAUGUGCAGAUGAUGUCCACGCCCACACAGCUGUCACCAUUAUCCCAGUUUCGACAGAAUUUGUUUUGCACCUGUAACAAUCCAAAUGGUAAAAAAAACAAUGUAUGUGAGCUUGCAACUUUUUAUUUGUAUUGGAUAUGUCUGUAUGUUUUAGGAUAUUUGUUGAAUCCAACUACUUGCCUGCCUGUUCUGUAAGAUAUUGAUAGCACACUGUAUCUAUGAAGGCUCUUGAAAGAAGUGGAACCAUAAUCUUUGAGACCUGAUGAAAAGCGCUUCAGUAUGUAUAUGAAAUCCCUCACAGUGUGCUAAUGAUGUGCCCGCUGUUCUCGGUGUUAGUGUUGUGAAUGAAUUAUCAGAUAUCCAGUUUUUCCUCUCUUGCUCCCCUCUACCUGCCCAACACUGUCGACACCAGAUCCACUCGAGGCAGUAACUGUAUUCACCGAACCACGAUGGGUUGUCAUUCUCACGGCACUGUGCAGCCAUACUGUAAAACACUGGAUUAUUUCUUCCUCAUUGCCUUGUCAAGUGUAGGUUUUGUAUGCCAAGCUAUAAUGUGAAGUGAUUUACAUUUGGGGAAGUGUCUUGGUUAUUGAUAAAUGGUUAUUGAGUUGUGAUGUUGAGCACUGUUGUUGCCCCUCUCCCAGCAAGUGUGAUACUCUCUCGGUCAUGUAUGUUUUGUAGGAUACCAGGGUUUUGGGGGGGAAAUCAUUGGUCUUGUCAGCAUUUGACCCUAUCUGUGUUGACUUCAGUGGAUUAAAAUAAUAAAAAUGAAA